CUCCGGGCGCGGUCCUGUCACGCUCGCACGGGGUGGAGGCUGAGGUGGCGAUGGCGGAUUUCGAUCCUUACGACGAUCGGGCCUACAGCAGCUUCGGCGGCGGCCGGGGGUCUCGUGGUGGUGGCCUUGGUUCACGCAAACAGAAAGAGCUGCCAACAGAGCCCCCUUUCACAGCCUAUGUGGGAAACCUACCCUUCAACACUGUUCAAGGAGACAUAGAUGCCAUCUUCAAGGAUCUCAGCGUAAGGAGUGUACGACUAGUCAGAGACAAGGAAACAGACAAAUUUAAAGGAUUUUGUUACGUAGAGUUCGAUGAAGUGGAGUCACUCAAGGAAGCUCUUACAUAUGAUGGUGCACUUUUGGGUGACCGAUCACUCCGAGUGGACAUAGCAGAAGGCAGAAAACAGGAUAAAGGUGGCUUUGGUUUCAGAAAAGGUGGACCUGAUGACAGAGGAAUGGGAGGAGGUUCCCGAGAAUCCAGAGGAGGUGGAUGGGAUUCCAGAGAUGACUUCGGUUCUGGAUUCAAAGAUGAUGAUUUCCUGGGAGGCCGGGGUAGAGGAGCUCGCCUUGGAGACCGACGACCACCAGGUGCCUCAAUGGGAAGUGGUGGCACUGGUCGUUUCCGAGAUGGGCCUCCCCUUCGUGGCUCUUCCAUGGACUUCAGAGAGCCAACGGAAGAGGAAAGAGCACAGCGACCCCGACUUCAGCUCAAACCUCGAACAGUUGGUACUCCCCUCAAUCAAGUAGCCAACCCAAAUUCUGCUAUCUUUGGUGGAGCCAAGCCCCGAGAGGAAGUAGUAAAGGAGCACGACUGAGCUUGGUGUUGAGAGGGAAUGGGGAGGCGGGAGAAAACGCAAGACAGUACAGAGUGACUAGCUCUGCUGGAAUGUCAACCCUGCAGUUUACCAUUCCUGCCAUCUGGCAUUUGUCCUCUUUGAAACCGAAAACACAGAGCUUGUGAAUGCAUGUCAGCUGUUAACAAGUGGUUUUUAGUAUGUUCUUGGCUUUGCUGUAUCUAGUGCCUGCUUUGUGCUGAGUUUCCUCUUCUGUUUCCUUCCAAGCAGCACAGUUGCCAGUAGAUAAGGCGGUGUGGCUGCUUCCACGAGUGUGGAGGUCUAUGGACAAAGGUGCUGCUUCACUUCCUCCUUUCUGGGUUUAUUUUACUUUAGAAGCACAGGUUAGACUUAGUUAUUACCCUGUAUUGUUUCCUUUUACUUCCUCAGUGCUCCUCUUCUGACCUGCAUGUCUUGUUCUGUAUUGCUGUGGCUCUGAAGAGGAAAACUGGAGAGUCCAGAUGAGUUGAACAUAAUAAUUUACAGUUCUAACCAUGUGGUGAAAUACCAUUUAGAAUAAUUGAUGAGUGGUUGUAUAGAGCAGAGCCCCUUAUAAAACUAAGGAGGCAGCUGCCCUUUCUCACAGGUUACCUGGAAGUAUCAAUAGCUGCAAAUAAAGUUGGCUGACAAGCCUGGCGAAUAGGUGGAAUCAGUAUGGAUAAUGCACCUGCCAGCAGAGUGCUGCUGAUUGUCUUUUGUAGGCUUCAAAAUGGUAUGAUACUACACUCCUGAGCUCAAGGUUAGUGCUACGAAACUGUGCCUGUUUGAGCACAGCUGCUCACUGGCUCUUUCUGCUUACAUUUCUUUGGGUUUUACAUGUUUGGUAAAUUUUUAAAUGAAGUUUCUACAGGUAAAAUUGACUUUUUUAUUUUUCUUUAAGGAGUAUAUACUUUGCCAUGCAGUAUGUAAUUGCCAUUAUCCCCUGUAUUUCUUUGCCCAGUGGUGUACAGUUUUAAGACCUCUGCUUUCACAAUACCAUUAAAAUGGGCAGAUUAGAAAUAGUUACGCUAUAGAUUUCUUCAUGUAGAAGUUUGGGUGAAAAGCAUCUCUAAUUGCUGCAUAUCUCUCUGAACUUGAAGUGUUUCUUGCAAUUGUUGGGUGUUCUGUGUGGGAGGAGGGAGGGGGAAGCUGGAGCUAAGGGGGAGAGAGCACAUUGUUUGAGAACAAAACCUGGAUCUAUAACACUGAAGUAUGGAUACAUCCAAUGCAUGAGAAACAUGGGCCCCUAAUACUAGUGCUGACAGCUUUCAGGUAAAAGAACUAGCACUCCAAAGUUCUUGGAAGCAUGGCUGCUUCACUGCCAGCGUAGCUGCUAGUGGUGAAUUUCUUCUCUAAAGUUACUUUUGUAAUGUCAGAGUCCCAGCAACUCACAGAACUACUCUUUCCUUCCUUCCUGUCACUUAAUCUGCUUCUGAGAUAAGAACCAUUUGUCUAACACUAAUAAUUAAUUUAAGACAGACAUGCAUUUGUGUGGUUGUAUUCCAAAUCAAUAAUUGACCUAUUUACAUCCUCAACGUGGAAAAGAUUUUAAGAACAAAUUCCCAUAUAAAAUUCACCUCCAGUCAAGACAAUUGACUUUUAAAUGUUUAAAAAAAAAAAGAACAAAAAAAAAAAAGAAAAAAGAAAAGAAUUCCAAACACUUAACACAUUCUGCUUCGUAACAAAAUAAAUUUAUGGAUAUGGUAUUUUGUGAAUGAUCUUUUAAAUAAAAGAAAACAUUAAGUAAUAUUUAACACUGGUCUUUAUUUGAGUCUGCUAUAGCUUGUGUCCAUCUCCCCCUCCAAAGUUCUUUAACACUGUAUUAAUUUGGAAGUAACAGACACUUAAAUAAGGGGGGGUUGGAAAGAAGGGGAGAAAUAUAAUGUAGACGAGUACCAGACUGUAGUACUAGACAAAGCUAGACUGUAGGAGACAGUGAAGUAAAAAUCACGUAGAAGAGGAAGCAAGCUCAAGUUUUGUCCUGUGGCUUCGAGUUCUGUUGCAAAGGCUGCAGGGCAGAAUUUGGAAGUAUUUAAGCUUGUACUUCCUAAAGCUCUUGGUGACGUUUCCCAGCAGCUGAGUUCUGCUGCUCUCUGAAAACGGUGCCCUGUGUGGUGAAGGGCAAAAUGUGUAUGCUUUGAGUUGGAGUAGUGCUUUUUAAUGUGGUGUGUUUGGUAAGGCAAAAUAAAUAGAUCAGCUUGCUGUUUUUCUGCCUGGUUUCUCCCAGCCUUACUUGAUCUGUUUCCUGCUGGAUGUAACUGUUAAUGAUGUUGUUGCCCUGUGUCUUUGAAGUAUAUGCAUACUGCAGGGUAAGUUAAAAGCCAUGUGUUUAGUUUUUAAUUGAAGAAAUGAGCUUUGGCCUUCCUACUGAUUUUACCGCUUUCCAUAGUAUGAAAUGAUGGGAAUUGUUUGUCUUCCAGCUGUUCAGUCUGCUCUGUAUCCUCAAACUUGCUAUCCUGACAGCUUGAGCAGAGGAUCCAAAUCCCUCUCACAAGUGACUUGCUGAGGCAGGCUGUACAAGCACUGACUGUCCUAUGUGGCUCAUCUCAGACGCAGAAGGGCUAAUUGGCUGGAGAUGGCAUCCUUCAGCUGCUUCCACAAGGCUUGCUCAUAGUUGAUCUUUCAAACGUUAUUAUGGUGGCAAUAAUUUCAUUACUCUGCAUGGGUUUUUUUUUGUAGAAGUAGCACUGAUUUGUGAGGGGAGGAAAAAAGCUCAUCCCAUUCAAGUUCUCUACCCGCUGACCUUUCACUCAUAAGUUCUCUACUAGUGAAAGCAGCCUCAUCCCAAAAUAGUCUGGUUUUAAUGGUUCAGAUACGUAAAUCUGCGUUGCUUGGUUUCCUUUGGGUUGUUCUACCUUAUGUCAACAGUUAAAAAAAAACUGUUUAAUUUCCAUAUGAUUGGGUUGUUUAAGUUCUGUAAGAGGAAACGAGAUGACUCCCAGCAGCAAAGAACAGCUCAAGCUGUAGUGCUUCCUUUCGCCUGCCCCUUAAGGCUUGACCUGGAAAGGCUCCUUAAGGCAACCUUAACCUUAAGGCAAAGCCUCGAGCAGGAGGUUGCUGCACUGGUAACAAGUGGGUAAAACACUUUGUGGCUCUUCGUGUUCUCACUGAGUAAUUUCUAGUAGCAGUGUAGAGCUGUUGGUUUCUUUUCCCAGCUUGAACUUAAAAAUAAAGAAAACUGUAAUCAGGAAGGCAGUAGUUUUGAUACUGAAAUGGAAUUAAACGGCACUGCUAUGCUGCUGCACAGAGAGCUUUGCGUUCCUCCAGUUUGGUUGCAGGUUGAAGAGGCUGCUGUGGUGUGCAUUUAAUGUGCUGCAAAGCUGUGCUGUCAACCACCAGCAGCAAGUAAGCACAGCUCCGUGCCUGGGGGUUGUCCCGAGAGCUGAACCACCACCCGUUAACUUAACAGCACCCCGGUGGGCGCUGUGUUGUGGUCGUAAGUGCUGUUCUGGUGGCUGAGGAGAUGGGUGGGGGAUGUUCAGCUGUUCAGAUAAUGAGCUGGUGGCUGAGUCCAGUGAAGCUGUGCCCUCGGGGCUGCCUGACUUCACUUUGUGAAGUGUCAGUGAGGUGGUAGAUACGCUGGUAUGACUGAGGAGCUGCUGUGCCGACACUGAAGUUCUGUUAGGUGCACUGCAGCUGGCUGUGGUUGAGAGUUCCAGCCUAGGCUCGCAGUCCUGGGGCCAUUAUGAGUGGUGCUGAUAUUUUUACAACCUGUCCUGUGAGUUCUGUUAUAGUUUCAAUAACGACUUUAGCACAUAGCCUGCUGGGAGCAUUGCUACCUGUAGUGAUAGCUGCUGGCUUUGUCUUAAGGCAGAUAAGGUCUUGAAAAUUUUAGAGCAAAUUCUAUUACAUUUUUUUUAAUCAUUUUUAAUACUUUAGUAAUCAAGCUGGUAAAUCUUGAAAAGCAUAUAUAACCACUUUGUCAGAGCAUGGUAAAUUUCACAGCUGCUCUUGUCCCACUGGCUGCUUUCAACAGGAGCUCUUUGCGGUGACUCCUCCAGGCCUGUCCACGUUCACCUUGGGUGAAUGUGCACUUUGAAGCCAGGUAUGGAUGGCUGAUUUUCUAACCUUGCAUCACUCCUUCUCUGUGUGUGGAAGUGCAUCUCAUGGUUGCUCAGAUGCUUUCAGCAAGAACGCAGUUGGUAAGCUUUCAUCCCAGGGCUCUGAAGGACUGAGGCUGUUGGUGUGCAUCCUGACGUGUCCCAGCACAGGGUCAGUCACCGCUGCAGUUCUCAGGCGUUCCUUCUGGAUUGGAUUUGUGGGAUGCAGUUUCAUAGGUGAUGGUUGUCUGAAAUGUUUAGAAGGAAGAAUUUCUGUGGCCGAAGGGGAAUUUGAUUUCCAGCUGAGACUGGAAUGUUCUAACCUGGUAGAAUCCCUCCUUGUGUAUGCCACUUAUCCCACUGCAAGAUUGCACGGAAUCAAGUAUAUUUGAAGCAGCAGAGGGUCAUCUUUCAGUGGGUACAUGCAUUUUACAUUUAUAUAUUCUGCAGUUUUGUUUUUCUGUGAUACUGUUUGCUAUAGUGAUAUUAAAGCAGGCUGAACGUGGGCAUUUAAAGCAGUGUAAUCAUAUCCGUUGACUUUGCUUUCUGAAACGGUUGGAUCCUGUAGUGACUCUCAAGCCUGGUGCACGUUAGUAAUAGCAAUGUCCUGCUGAUGUUCUGGGCCAACUGGAGAAAUGUCCUACCAAAGCUCCACGUGUGCAGCUUGCAGCUUUUCUGCUCCUCAGGGGCUGUGCAGGAGCCCUGCUGGUGUCUGCUCGCUGCUGUGCAAAGCUCAGAUGGACACAAGGAAUGGAGAUCAGGUUCUGGCUGCACAUGCAGUGUUAUGGUAUGCAUUCAGUGUCACAGUGUCGCUGUUAUUAGGUCACAGAUCACGUUCCUCAUGUUACUGUAGCUGUUCGGGUUACUCAAUCGAAAGCAUUUUAGGGUUUCCUGUUCCAUAGCUUUUUCCCUUGGCUGAAUGACUCUGUGGCUCUGCCUGCUCCUUGCGGGCUGAUUUUAACUUCAGCUUCCCUCGUUUCUGUCCCCAUUGCAGCAAAGUGUGUCCGAGGGCUUUAAGGACCUCCAGAUCUCUUACAGAAACACGCUGCUUACCUGUAAGUUCAUGCACUCUUGUGUAAAGCUCUACAGCACCCCAGGGUUGGUGUCAUUGCUGGGAACAUUGCUGGUUGCCACCUUGCUGCCCAGUAGGUUUCAGCCAGGUUAGUGUUCAUCGUGGCAGGGAUUUCCUUCCCACUAUGAGAUUGUUUUGUUAUGUCACCGUGCUCCCAAAAUCUGCCUCUUCCUUUUGAACAAACCAAAAAAAAAAUCACUGAGUACCUCUAUGAACCCCUGCAAAACCUGUACUGUAACGAACCUGUACGAUUUGUAUCGCUGUACAAAACUCCAAUAAAAGCAUUCAAACCUUC